AUGGUCAAGCUCGACUACACGACCUCGGGCGUCCGGGUCCCGAACCCACCGGGUUUUGUCGGUGCGACCCGCGAGACAUCAAAGCGCGACGCCGCCUCAACCGAACGACAGAGCAACGAGCUCAAGCUCAAGCGCGCGUGGGAGAUGGCUUUCGCGCCCGCAAAGUCGCUCCCGAUGCAGGCUAUCAUGCUGUACUUUUCGGGGUCGGGGGUACAGAUCUUCUCGCUCGGCAUGAUCUUCAUGCUUGUGACGGGGCCAAUUUCGGCGGUGGCGAGUAUCCUGCGUGCGUUUGAGCCGUUCCGCACAGUCCGGCCCGAUGGCGAAUUGACUUAUGCCCAACUCAUCCCCCCCAUGGUCACUUAUACGCUGUGCCAGGGCGUUGUCUUCGCCCUCGGCCUGUACAAGUGCUGGACGAUGGGCAUCCUCCCCUCCGGACCCGCCGACUGGCUGCAGUUCGAGACGCGGCCGGCUUGGCCAGAGUGGAGUGCGGUGCGGGCGUUGAUACUGGGCGAGGUAUAG